AGGCCUCUCUUUGCUGGGGUACCACCUGUGCAACUACACCCUGACCAAAAGUGUGUUAAAAAUGGUCACCUACCAAAAGUCCUAUGAGAAGAACACACCCUGUGGAGGGUGGAUCCCGUGGAUGGUGUGUCCCCAGACACGCCACAGAACGCAGUUUCACAGUGUUGAAGUCCCUGAAACCAUCACUCUCACAGAUUGCUGUGAAGGAUAUGAACAAGUUGGACUCUACUGCUCUCUAGCACUCAACAGAUCCAGUGUAUUUGCCUCAAGACCUGGUAUUUGUCCAGUGAAGGAUAUGGAAAUAUUUGAUUAUCCUUGCACGUUCGAUACUGAAUGUCCAGGGCUGAAAAAAUGCUGCAGCUCAUCCAAAGGAGCAGGCUGUGUGGAUCCCAUGCCAGAGGGGAGGAUGUUCUGGUACAACGUGACAGUGCUUGUGAAAAUGGAUUUUAAUGAAUUAAUCCGGGUGGAUCCCCACCUUCUGAAUCAUUCCCGCCUUUUGCACUCUGUGAUCACUGGAGCACUGCAGCCCCUGAAUGCCUCUGUGCACCACAUCCAGAGUGACUGUGGGGACAUCUACGCUGGGACAGUGGCCUCUCAGCUUCUCCUGGGAAUGCAGCAGCCAGCUCCUCUGGCAGAGGUUUCCUCCUCCCUGAAGGCCAUGGUGAAACGAGUGUAUGAAGUGAUUGACACACAAGUGCAAGAUGUCAAUGAAUGCUCCUAUGCUGAAUUCAACGCUUGCCCUGAGAAAAGCAGCUGUGUAAACCUGGAGGGUUAUUACAGCUGCCACCCUCAGCAUGAACAUGCCACUGUCAUCCCUGACUGGCUGAGCCCAAGGAAGGAAGGCAUUGCAGCAUCUACUCCAAUUUCAGUAAAUGCUGUUAACACUGGCACUAGUUAUCCCUCUACGAGGAAAGCAAAUCUCUUGUCCAUAACCAACCAAUCUACAGAUGUUGGGUGCUAUCCCUCUGCAGUUAUAAACCAUCGAAUCCUCAGCGUUACCAGCAACAGCUUUGAAAUGUCCUGGCUUGUCAUUCCCACUCUGAACCACACUUUCCAAGUCCGGGUGUCCAAGGGCAAUGAAACUGUGCAAAACCUGCAGACAGAGGAAAUGCACAUGGAUGUGGCUCACCUGGAAGCAGGUGUGAUGUAUUCAGUAGAGAUCAGCUAUGAAACUUGUGGGAAAAUCAUUAUCUCCCAUCAAAAUGUUAAAACAGAGGCCAAGAUAUUUGAUGUUACUAUGAGGAUUCUCAACUACAACUUCACUGAUGAUUUCCAUAAUUCCAGCAGCUCAGCAUAUGAGGAAUUUUCAAGACUGUUGCUUACAGAGCUUGAAAAUUCAUUUCCACCCAACAUUUCUGCCUUGUACAAAUCUGGGAAGCUGAAAGUGCAAAUUGAAUCCCUGGCAGCAGGAAGCAUCAUUGUGAGGCUCAGAAUCACCGUGCAGGAUCCCAAGUUUCCAGUGGAUGACUCCACAUUUGCCCCAGUGCUUUCCUACCUGCACAAUGGCUCUGUGCUUGUGGUGGAUCAGCAAAACACUGCAGUAAAAGACUGGGAUGAAUGUGCUUCCCAAGCUGAGAAUGACUGCUCUGUGUUUGCAGAGUGUAUCAAUUUGAUGGGCUCCUACACGUGCAAGUGCAAGACAACCAUGGAUACCAAUCCAUCCCGACCUGGAAGAAACUGUGAGGGUGAGACUGUGGAUCCUCUCACUGAAACCAUGGCUUCUGAAACAAGAAACAGCAGGGACUUUGCCUUUGAAGAAGGAAGCCCUGCAGGCCCUGCUCCCGCUAUCACAACCAAGACAAUGGUGGCUGCAGGCUCCGUGUCAAGCUCCACCACUCUCCUCCCUGCCACGCUGGCCCUGGGUGACAAACAAGCGUCCCAAGCCUUCCAGAAACUUAGUGGCACAGUUUGGAUAAGAAACAUGGAAUACUCUCCAGGCUUUAGCAAUACAAGCAGUGAGGAAUAUCAAACCUUUGCACAGCUCUUUGUUGAUGAAGUGCAUAAAUCUCUGCCCCUUGAGGUGCUCCAGCAGAUGGAUGCUGGUCUGAUUAAAGUGCUGGUAACGGGUGUUACUAAUGGGAGCACAGUGCUAAAUUUCAAUUUGCUGCUUGCAGAAGAAGUGGAUGUCCACCAUGUCAUCACCACUUUUUGUGAGGCCUUGGAACACAGCUCCUACUUUACCAUGGACAGGAACAACCUCUCCAUACAUGCUCUUCCCUUCAGCCAGAAACCAACAGUGAUGGAUAAGAAACCAACAGUGAUGGAUAAGAAACAUGUGCACAGCACAAUUUUACCUGUGACAUCUUCACAAACUUCAGCUCAUGUUUCCUCCCCUGCUUCACUGGACUUCUCUCCUGCUGAGCACAAAGCUCUGGUGGACACCAGGUUCUCCAGCACGGUGCUGACUCCUCUCACCACCAAUCCCAUGGCAACUCCUGAUUUUUCUCCUCCAGCAUCUCCAGCCCCCCUUGUCAAACCCACCCAAGAGGUUUCCAUUAAAGAAGCAGUGAGUGUGUUUUGUGAAAUUGAGAGGAUCAUCCUUGCCAUCCAGAAGAGAUUCUUGCAGCAGGAGUCCAUCCCAGAGAGUUCCCUGUUCCUGGGGGAGCCUGGCUGCAACGUGAGCACCAGCAAUGGCACCCACGUUGUGCUGCAGGCACGCUGGAGCGACUGCGGCACCCAAGUUGAGACUAACAUGACUACUACCGUGGUGAAAACCACCCUUCGGAAUGAUGUUUCUGCUCAGGGAAUCAUCCACCACUUGAACAUUGCCAGUCCCAUCCACUGUGUGUUUCAAAAUGAUGUCUUGACUUCCUCUGGGUACACUGCAGAAGGACUUUACACCAUCUUUGAGGAUUUGCACGGAUCUGGGCACUUCAGAACAGAAAUGCAGUUGUUUAUUGGAAACUCCCCAAUCCCCAGAAAUUUCAGUGUCUCUGCCAGUGAGGAUGUGCUGAUUGAAGUGGGGAUGCAGAGGGCAGACAGCAAGCUCAAGGUGGUUCUCACUGACUGCUGGGCCACUCCAACCAAUAAUUCAGUGGAUCCCCUGUCAUUUGUUUUUAUCAGCAACAGCUGUCCCAUCCCAAACACUUACACCACUCUGCUGGAAAAUGGGAAUUCGAGCAAAGCUCAGUUUAAGAUGAAAAUUUUUUCCUUUGUCAACAACUCUGUGGUUUACUUACACUGCAGAAUUCGUAUUUGUAUGGAGUCACCAGGAAGCACCUGCAGGACUAGAUGCCAUGCAAGGGCUGGACUCCUGAAGGCUGGAGAAACCCUCGCCCUGCACAGAACAUCCUGGGGACCCCUGUGUAAAUCAGCUGCAUCUGAUUUGAAGAGAGGGAAGGAGGCUGGAAUGGGAAUUGGAUACAUCAUCCUCAUAGCCCUUGCUGUGUUUGGUUUUGUGCUGGGAGUUGUGACCUUUCUCAUUUUCCAGUACCAGCGAAAGACAGGGAGAUACAACCUCAGGAUCAAGUCUGACAACUUCAGCUACCAAGUGUUCUAUGAUUAGUGAUUCCCAGCUUGCCACAUGUAAGUCAUGAAUUAGGAUCAGUUGCACUUUUUAGCUGUUUAUCUCUUCCUGAAAUGGUGAAAUACUUGCAGAUGACCAUCUUUUAUAUGAGAAUAUUUGAACCUGCCAUCCUCUUUCCUUUUUGCUGUGGGUAAAGGCCAUACAAGUAAGAAAGAAAUUCCUACUGCUCUUCCCUGUUUUCAAAUGAUGAAACCUACAAGAGGAAGAAGACUGUAUUGUGUCCUUUAUCUUCCUUCAUGGUUUUGAUCUCAGUCAGAGUAAAUGGCACAUCACCUUAGAAAACACC